AGGACGUGCCCAUGUGUCGAUAAUCGUCCAACAAAAUGGAAGCUGUAAGCGCCGCAGCAUCCAUCGUGACGCUGGUUGCUCUUGCCAAAGAGAUUUCGACUCUCGCGACAGACCUCCUCCGUGGCAUUCACUCCGGACCAAAAGAGCUAGCACGAGUGCACAAUCAGACAUGCCUAGUUGUCCUAGGACUCCAUUGUCUAGAAAAGAUAGCAAUCGAUACUGGCUGGAGAGAUCUCCUCGAGCCGACAGAGAUAUGGGUCCUACGCCAGACCCUCACUGUGGCCAAGCACAACAUGAGCGCUAUACGUGAGGACUGCGGGAUGCUCUGCGGGAAACCAUCGGGGUUGAAGUGGCGGCUUGCAUGGACUUUGUUCGAGCGAAGGAAAGUGGAGGAGUACUUGUUGCAUUUGCAACAGACGGAGAGCAGUCUCGGCGUUGUUCUGCAAUUCAUUAACAUGAAAGCUUCCUUCAAAGCGUACUCGGAGACCGAAAAGCAGUUCAACAAGAUCAAAAAUGCCAUUCAAGACCUCCAUACGGAGCAGCAACUUCAGAAACGCGCCUCAAUCUCCAGAGCGGAUCACAGUAACCUCAUGCCACAGAGUAAUGAGCCCUUGACGCCCUCGCGGUAUAUCAACACCAAUAGACUAUCCGAGUUCUGGAAGUGGCUCCUUGCCUGUGAGUUCUUCGUCCUGAUCACUACCAACGGCUCGCAUAAGAACUACGGCUGCUACGCAAGAGUCUCACUACCUACGCUAGUUGGAGGAAUGGCAAUCAUAUUGUCGCUGUCGGUCAGGCGUCACGGAUCCACCUGGCGCAACCUUGUGGUACUUGGUGGCCGGCUUACUAUAGUGAACUAUGUGUCCGAACAGUCUGCUAUUGUCGUCGCAUGCAUAGAAGGCGAUCUCAUUGCGGUUCGAAAUAUGUUUCGAGAGAAUAAAGCAGCGCCAAGCGAUGUGUCAGACCGAGAGAAGUCUCUCCUUUGGUACGCAACCCGGAGCGGCUCAACGGAGCUUGUAGAAUAUCUCAUCAACGAAGGAACACCAGUAACGUCAGGCGUCCUGCUUGCGGCUGCAUACUGGAGAAGACCCGAGAUCGCAAGGCUGUGCUUGCUUAACGGUGCAGACGUCGAGGCCGUUGGUGACGAUGGCUAUACUGCAGCCUUCUUCUUGUUCGGUUCGAGCCGCAAGUGUGAGCCGCAAACCGAGUUUCUCGAGAUCCUCGCCUGCAAUUCGUUCCAGAACUUCGACGCGCAAGAUGCCUGCGGGUGGACCGCGCUGCACCGCGCAGCCGCAUUCGGAACACGCGAAGACGUAAAAGCCCUCUUAGCGUUGAAAGCUUCUGUUGAUGUUCGGACGUACAACCUGGAAUGGACUCCUCUUUUCUGCGCCGUAUGCUUUGGCAAUUUGGAAACCAUACAAGAACUGUGGGGUUGGUAUGAGAACCCUAGCCAGGUGAAAGACCUACGGCACUGGAACUUGUUGCAUGUCGCGGCUGGGGCUGGGAAACUCAACCCUGUUCCGUUUCUUUUAGAAAACAACGUCGACUUGUGUAGUUUGAGCAGGGCGACUUCGCGGUUCGUGCCACCUUUGCUCGUUGGGCGGCAGGUAACGCCGAGCCUUGUCGCAAGGAGUUGCGGAGGGCACGCAUAUGGGAAAUGGUGCGAAGUCCUGAAUUCCAAAGGCUAUGGGUCGGAUAUAUCUUAUGUAGACAUUGACUGGGACGGCGAAGAGGAGGCGGGUAGAUACGGUGGCUGUGAGUGCUGUGAGUCGUGGGGUUUCUAGGACAGCUCGGCGUGGAGACUUCCCGGUCGCUCCAUCUCCGAGAACGGAAUACGUACAU